AUGCCUGCGGACGACAGCACGGACAGUGCUGCGAGCGCGAGCGCCGCCGCCAAGGCAGCGCUCGCCGUUGCGGAGGAGUCAAAAGCGAUCGCUGUGCAGCUGAGCAAGAGGCUCGAGGAGCAGCAAGAGACGCUGCGCACCUACUCCUCGUCGCUGCUCGGCCAGAGCCGCAUGUUCGCCUACAUGAAGAUGGCCGAGGAGUGGCCUUCCUCCGGCGCCAGCUCGCCGAGCCGCACGCCGCCUCCCGUCCCCGGCUCCUCCACCGGCGGCGACAGCUCCUCCUCGUCCUCUCGCCGCUCUUGGGCCGACCAGCCGCUGUCUCACCGCGGUCCCUGCUCUGAGUGCGGCCGCCUCGUGCUGCUGACGGAGGGGCGGCGCCAGAACGACUGUGGGAGCUACCGCCACAUUGACUGCGCCCUCGCCGCGGUGAUGGCCAGGCAGAGAGAGGCUGCUGCGAUGGCCCUGGGCAGCCUGGGUCGAGGCAGCCUGGCGCUCCCACGGCCGCCGCCGAAGGGGCCGCUCGACAGGUUCGCGGUCGCUCCGUCGAACGGGUCUGUCAGCCCGCCUAACGGCCACGCCAGCGGCCACGCGGCGGCGGCCGACGGCGCCACAAAGCCAGGCGGCGCCGCAAAGCCAGGCGGCGCCGCAAAGCCAGGCGGCGCCGCAAAGGCGAACGGCACGGUGCUCGCGAAUCUGUACGAGCUGUCCGGAGAGCACAUCGACGCCGACGCGCCGCUGCUCGAGUCGGGGCUCGACUCGGUGGGCGCGGUCGAGCUGGGGAACCAGCUGCAGCAGCAGACGGGCGAGGAGCUUCCCGCCACCCUCAUCUUCGACCACCCGACUGCCCGCCAGCUCGCGGACUUCUUUGCGAGCAGCGGCAUGCAGGAGGCGCUGCAAGACAGCCUGCCUGCCACCCUGCCGGCCACCGGCCUUCCCGCCGCCCGCCUCGAGGCGCUCGCGGCGCGAGUCGGCGUCUUCGGCCUCGCGGCGACGCUGCCUGCGGGGGUGGGUGCACCCUCCGCGCUGCGCUGCGCCGCUGCAUGCGGCAGCGAGCUGGCGCCUCCGAACGCGAUGCUGCGCCUCCUCAACGAGCACGUCAGCGCCGCGCUGCGCGGGUCCUCGGCGCUGCUGCCAGUCGGCCUCGCGCCUCUGCCGGCGCCCUCCGACGGCGCCUCCGCCCGCGUCGGCGGCGUGAGCUCGUUUGGGUACAGCGGCACGAUCGCGCACGCGGUGCUGCAGGUGGAGGCGGCGGCGGAGCGGGGCGGGCCGGAGGUCGGCAUCGAGCCGCCUCGGUACCUGCGUCGCCGCUUCGCGUGGCGCGAGACGCCGCACCCUCUGACGCACCGGAGGGCCGAGGGGGAGGAGGGAGGCUCGGUCACGUAUCGCACUCCGGCGGCGGGGGCGCUGCUGGCGCUGGUGGCCGACCACGUCGUGCAGGGGCGCGUCGUGUUCCCCGGCGCGGGCUACCUCGAGAUGGCGCGCGCGGCGUGCGUCGCCGCGUCGGGUGGUGCUGGCGGCGGCGCGGGCACGCGGGUCCACCCGGCCGAUUUGGACGGCGCGAUCCAGCAGACGGCGCUGCUGGCGCAGGGCGCGUCGAGCGACGAGAUCCGGCUGCCCUUCUCGGUCGGCGAGGCGCGGCUCGCGUCCGCCUCGGGUCGGCUCUGCUCCGCCGUCGCCCGUCAGAGCGACACGACUUCCGGCGUUUGGCUCUCACGGCACGGCAGAGGGGAUCCGCCCGGCACGCAUCUCGACGCAUUCGAGACGCGCGUGUACAAGGCCGUCCGCUCCGCCGAGGCGGCGCGGCAGAUGCACCUCUACAGGACGCUGUGGCAGGCGGCCCCUCCUCCGCGCGAGGACGGGAGCCCCGCCGAGACGACCUCCUCGCCCCUCAGCCUGAGCGCCGCAGUCCGAGGCGCCGCGGCCGGGCCCCUCCCUCCAGCCAGGCCGGCGGGGGCAGGCUGCGGCGCCCUGCUCUUCGAGGCGGGCAGCCAAGACGCAACGCCGCACGGCAUCGCGCUCCCGACGCUCGCCGCCGCACUCGCGAUCGUCCGGGCCAACGCCGUCGCGCGGAGGGCGCUGCCGCUGCACUUCGACGCGCGGGGCGCGGUGGGCGGCCUGCGGGUGGUGCCGCAGCUGCGCGACGAGUCUGCGUGCGUGCGCGGCGAGGCGGAGGUGCGGGUCUGCGCGGUGGGGCUCAACUUUCGCGACGUGCUCAACGUGCUCGGCGUGUACCCCGGCGACCCGGGCGAGCCGGGCGCGGACAGCGCGUCCCGCGUCGCCGCGCUCGGCGCCGACGUCCGCCACAUCGCCGUGGGCGACGCCGUCGUGGGGCACGCGCUGGCGGCGCUGGCGAGCGUGGCGCGCACCGACUGCCGGCUCGUCGCUGCGAUGGAGCCGUCCAUGUCGCCCGACGAGGCGUGCACGCUGCCAACGACGUGGAGCACCGUCCACCAGGCGUGGCUGGCGGCGAGGCCGCUGGCGGGGAGCGCGCUGCUGCUCCAGGCGGGCGCGGGCGGCGUCGGCCUCGCCGCUGCCGAGUACGCGCGCUGGCUGCGCGUCGGCGGCGCGGCGGCGACGGCGGGCAAGCCGCAGAAGCACCACUUCCUCCGCUCCGCCCGCCUGUUUGACGCGACGACGAGCUCGCGCGAGCCCGCCGCCUUCGCGCUCGGCCUGCCGACGCAGCUGCGGGCGCGCCGGCUGCACUCCGUCCUCAACAGCCUCUCGGCCGACUUCAUCGCCGUCUCCUUUGCGCUGCUGCGCGAGGGCGGCCGGCUGUGCGAGAUUGGCAAGCGCGCGGUGUGGAGCUACGAGCGGCGCGAGGCGGCGUCGGCGGCCGCGCGCUACGUGGCGAUCGCGCUCGACAGCACCAUCGAGCAGGCGCCGUGGUGGAUGGGCCGCACGCUGCGACUGCUCUCGGCGCGGCUGGCGAGCCGCGUGCUGCACGGGCUGCCGCUGCGCUGCUUCGAGCUCGAGGGGGGCGUGCAGUCGGCGUUCCGCUGCCUGCAGGGCGGGCUCAACAUUGGCAAGAGCGGCGCUGACACGGUCGUGCUCGCGUCGCGCAGCGGCGGCGUGGCGGCGGCGAGCAAGCGGUCGAUGGUCGAGUUGGACCGCGUGUUUGUCGUGGCUUGCAAUACUGCCGACGCGAUCAAUGCGGCCCCCAACGGCCAGCUCCACUCGAUCAACGAGCACGUGGACGCCGCACUCCAGGGCGCCUCGUGCGCCCUCCCCGCGCAGCUCGCCCCGGUGCCUGCGGGCGCGAGCGACCACGGCCGUGUCGGUGGCGUCAGCUCGUUUGGGUAUGCGGGGACGAUCGCCCACGCUGUGCUGCGCGCGAGGGCUCGCAUCCCCGCCCCGGACGCGCAGUCGGCCUCGCCGCCUGCCUACAGGCAGCGGCGGUUCGCGUGGCUCGAGCCGCUCCACCCGCUGGUCCGCGGCCCGCCCUUGCGGGACGAGCCCGGCGACCCGGUCACGUAUCGCACUCCGGCGGCGGGGGCGCUGCUGGCGCUGGUGGCCGACCACGUCGUGCAGGGGCGCGUCGUGUUCCCCGGCGCAGGCUACCUCGAGAUGGCGCGCGCGGCGUGCGUCGCCGCGUCGGGUGGUGCUGGCGGCGGCGCGGUGCUGCGUCGCGCCUUCUUCCUGCAGCCCUUUCUACUGGACGGCUCGCUCGACCGGCUGUGGCUGAGCUGCGAGCUGGGCGGCGCGGAGGAGCGGUUCGAGAUCCGGAGCGAGCUGGACGAGCAGCGCACCGCGCACUGCGGCGGCUCGGCCGCCGCGUCCGACAGCCGGCUCGCGCCGCUCGCCUCUCCCGCUUCUGCCCGCUGCGCCUGCAGCUACCUCGUCGACCUCGGCCAAUUCUACGCUGCGUGCCGCUCCGUCGGGCUCGAGUACGGCCCAGGCUACCGGAUGCUGCGCCAGGUCGCGGUCUCGGCCGACGCCACGGCGUCGUCCGCGUGGCUGCGCAGGCGGUGCGAGCUCGAGGGCACGCGGGUCCACCCGGCCGAUCUGGACGGCGCGCUCCAGCAGACGGGCCUUAUCCAGGGGAGCUCGAGUGAGACCAGGCUGCCCUUCUCGGUUGCCGAGGCGACGCUGCUGUCGGCCAGCGGGCGAGAGAUGCUCUCGCUCGUGCAGCGGCAGCGCGACGGCCUUUCGGACGUGUGGCUGGCACAGGCCAGGCGGACGGUCGGCGUGCGACUUCGCGGCUUCGAGACGCGCGUGUACAAGGCGUCGCGACGCGCCGAGGCCCGCACUCCCGCGCUCCUGUACGCGACGGCGUGGCAGCCGGUGCCGGAGGCGGACGCGGCCGGCGACGAGGCGGCGGUGCUCGCGCUGGGAGCCGGCAGGCCGCUCGCACGCUCCUCGGACAGCGUGGCGCCGUCGGACAGCGUGGCACGGGCUUCGGUGGCACCGGCUUUGGCGCGCGCGCUGCUGCUUAGCUCCGGAGCGAGCGGCGGCCAGCCGCACAGUUUGGCGCUGCCUUUCCUUGCCGCGGCGCUGGAGCUGCUGCGAGCCGCCGUCUCCUCUCGCAGCGCGCCGCCGUGCGCGUUUGUGACGGCGGGCACGACGGGGCCUCGCGUCGCGAGCGGUCCGAGCGUCUCGCACGCCGGCCUGCUCGGCCUCUCCCGCACCGGGCGCGCCGAGGCGCCCGCGGCUGUCCUCGCGCUCGUGGACGAGGAGGUCGGCCGGUCGGCAGGCGCUGUCAGCCGGUCGAUCCUGCCGCUGCUCGCGGGUGCCUCGAGGGACGAGUCGAGCGAGCCGGAGCACGUGUGGAGCGGUGGCGCGUGGCUGGUGCCUCGGCUCGCCCCGGCGGCCGGUUCGCUCUGCGGGCCGGUCAGGCUGCACUUCGACGCGCGGGGCGCGGUGGGCGGCCUGCGGGUGGUGCCGCAGCUGCGCGACGAGUCUGCGUGCGUGCGCGGCGAGGCGGAGGUGCGGGUCUGCGCGGUGGGGCUCAACUUUCGCGACGUGCUCAACGUGCUCGGCGUGUACCCCGGCGACCCGGGCGAGCCGGGCGCGGACAGCGCGUCCCGCGUCGCCGCGCUCGGCGCCGACGUCCGCCACAUCGCCGUGGGCGACGCCGUCGUGGGGCACGCGCUGGCGGCGCUGGCGAGCGUGGCGCGCACCGACUGCCGGCUCGUCGCUGCGAUGGAGCCGUCCAUGUCGCCCGACGAGGCGUGCACGCUGCCGACGACGUGGAGCACCGUCCACCAGGCGUGGCUGGCGGCGAGGCCGCUGGCGGGGAGCGCGCUGCUGCUCCAGGCGGGCGCGGGCGGCGUCGGCCUCGCCGCUGCCGAGUACGCGCGCUGGCUGCGCGUCGGCGGCGCGGCGGCGACGGCGGGCAAGCCGCAGAAGCACCACUUCCUCCGCUCCGCCCGCCUGUUUGACGCGACGACGAGCUCGCGCGAGCCCGCCGCCUUCGCGCUCGGCCUGCCGACGCAGCUGCGGGCGCGCCGGCUGCACUCCGUCCUCAACAGCCUCUCGGCCGACUUCAUCGCCGUCUCCUUUGCGCUGCUGCGCGAGGGCGGCCGCUUGUGCGAGAUUGGCAAGCGCGCGGUGUGGAGCUACGAGCGGCGCGAGGCGGCGUCGGCGGCCGCGCGCUACGUGGCGAUCGCGCUCGACAGCACCAUCGAGCAGGCGCCGUGGUGGAUGGGCCGCACGCUGCGACUGCUCUCGGCGCGGCUGGCGAGCCGCGUGCUGCACGGGCUGCCGCUGCGCUGCUUCGAGCUCGAGGGGGGCGUGCAGUCGGCGUUCCGCUGCCUGCAGGGCGGGCUCAACAUUGGCAAGGUGGUCGUGCGGCUGCCGCCGCUGCGCGAGGCGCGGCCGGCAGGGGCGCACGUGCUGACGGGCGGCAGCGGCGGCCUCGGCGUGCUCAACGCGCGCUGGCUCCUCGAGAGCGGCGCUGACACGGUCGUGCUCGCGUCGCGCAGCGGCGGCGUGGCGGCGGCGAGCCGCGCCCGGCUUGUGCGGGCGGCCGGCGGUGCAGGCAGCGGCGGGGAGAGCAUCGCAGUCGCGUGCUGCGACACCUCGGAGGAGGCCGAG